AUGACGUCCGAAGAGACUUUCAGCAGGCUGCCGUCUAACCCCCUGGUGCUCAUUCCCGACGGCAAGGUGUUUCUCAAAACCUGCGCAAAUAUUGAUUCCAUAAUCGACGUCUGUUUUGCAUCAGCUUUAUGUCAUGCCAUAAAAAACGCUUCAGUCAGUUGCUGCAUUCGUCCUCGACCUGUUUCAUGGCUGAGUCUGGACCUAAACCCACGCCAAAAGAUUGAUGUCUCCGCUGUCAUCUUGCCCUUACUGCAACAAAAGUCCCCCACCUCCAGUGGCGCCAGUCACCCCCUAUCUUUGAAGUUCAUGCGUGAUCGAAACCAAGGCUGUCUUGUGGAGACUGCGCUGGCUACAGAAAAAUGGAAGCUGCAGCAGUUACGCAAUCUGCGAGUCAUUAUUGGCGUGCCUUGGCCCGACGUCCUGGAGGGCAACUUAACCUCCGCCAACACCAAGUCGCAUAAAUCGGAGACGCAAUUUAGGAAAGCUAGAUGUGGCAGACGCAUGAAGUCCUGUCACACCCUCGAUCUUAGCAUCUACGUGAAGAACGGUGUUAAGGUAAACCUAGGUCGUUUUAUGUUUAUUUGA